UAACAAAUUCAUAAAAUCCCAGUUAAAAUGGCCGCUAAGAAAGGAGACAGAAAUAGUAUGUCUGCUCUUUUCUAGUGUCUGAAGCGCAGAACUCACGUGUACGUGGCUUACGCAUGCGUGCGGUAUUAAUGAUGUUAUUCAGCGUCUGCUGCAGUCAGCUGUUUGCCAGAUGAUGGAUGGUAAACCGGCGAUUGAAUCCAUGAUACAGGCAAUAUAUUUGCAGGUGUCUGCAGAAUUAUGCCGCCCGUCGAGGAACUUGCCACAGCAUGUAAAAAUGCGUUGAUAAUUGAAUACUUUUGAUAAAACAAGGAAAAUUGGAGCAAAAUUAAAAGAACUUUGCUAUUUAUUAUCUACAAAGGGAUUCAGUAUGCUAAUAACUUCUGGUGCCUAGAUUUGUAAUAAUCUCAGGAUGUGCUUGCGAGUGGUAAAAGUUCUACUAGCCGGUCGUCUACCAUAUGGAGUCGGUCUACAGCUUCAGAAGACUUUAUUCGAUUAUCACCACGAGCGUUUGAGAGAACCGGCGAAUACACUAGUGCUACUGGAGCACGAGCCGGUGUACACGGUAGGAAUUCGGAGCAAAGGAUAUACCGAGGAAGAUGAGAAAAAGCUGAGGAAUCUAGGCGCAGAGUUCUGGAGGACAAAUCGCGGCGGUCUAAUCACUUUCCACGGACCCGGCCAGCUAGUCGCCUAUCCGGUGCUCAACCUGAAGCAGUUUCGCACUAGUGUGAGAUGGUACGUGAAUCAAGUAGAGCGUAUGGUGAUUCGCGUGUGCGCCGAGCUCGGUAUCAAGGGAGAGACGUCGCCGGACACUGGAGUUUGGGUCGACGAUCGCAAGAUCUGCGCCAUCGGCGUCCACGGCAGCCGCUACAUCACUACGCACGGCCUCGCGCUCAACUGCAACACCGAUCUCAGGUGGUUCGAUCACAUUGUACCUUGCGGCAUCGAAGGCAAGGGCGUCACUAGUAUUUCCAAGGAGCUGGAUAUGGACGUCACGGUUGCCGAUGUGCUGCCGAUUUUUAAGAACGCUUUCGGCGAUCAAUUCGAGUGCGAGCUGAUCGAGUAUCCACCCGGCGAGGCCUCGCAGCUGCUGCGAGACGCGCAUCAUAAAACUUCAAGAACAGCUAGCUGAUUUUAGAGUAAAUGUAUCUCAACGAGUUUCGAAGAAGCUUUGAGAUGUAGUUUGUCUUGUCACUUCCUGCGAUUUGACUUAAAGAAUUUAUUUAUUGAACGAAUUUGUUUUUUCGUUGAUUGACAUUUCUUUAUAAUAGAAGCUGCUGUUAAGUGACUCGUGCAAUUUAGAAUAUCGACGAUAGAAAUCGUGUUCACAGAUUCAGUCAAGUGUAAGCUAACUGUAUUGGCAGAGAAUCUUAGUGCGUGAAUAUAAAUCAAAUAUUUCAUUGGCUCAACGUACUGUUUAUAUAUACAGAUAACAAAGCAUCGAUGAUGCGAAUCGAGUGCAUAAUAAAUUUUAUAUUACAUAAACAAUGUAUCAUUAAAUAUAAUUAAUUAUACAUUACGAAUAGUCUGCGUAAUCGUGUGCGUUUAAAUUGAGUGCAUCCUAAUCUUUAUAACAUUCUAAAAAGGGAACAACUUUGUGACUAGAUCGAGUUUCAAAUAAAUAAUAGGACGAAA